GGGAGACACUGGGGAGGGAGACAUAACCUUCGGGUCUCUUCUCUUCCCUCCAGGAAGCCACCUCCCAGCCCUGGCCUGCGUCCUAACAACCUGGAACUAAUCAAUGAGUGAAUCCACCGAUGAGUAACAGCACCCCUAACACCCAGUCACCUCCAAAAGCCCCACCUCUGAACACAUCCUUUUGGGGGACGGGUAGAUCUAAAUCAUAAUAGACAUUCACGUGGGCUAGAUGUGGCGGAGCAUAGCAUAAUCCCAGCGGUCGGGAGGCUGAGGCAGGAGAAUUACCAUGAGUGGGAGCCCAGCCUGCGCAACACAGCGAGUCUGAGACCAGCUUGAACUACACAGCGAGACCCUGUCUCAAAAAACAAGAACUAAGGGACCUUAGCAACAUGUCUUCUCAACCUCCAAAUUCUGUGCCAUUGAGAGGGCUUUCACAUAAGAAUUUCAGCAGGACACAAUUCAGUUCACCGCAGUAACAUCCCCACGGGGUUGGGGGACAGGGUGGGCCAUCACUCUGCCCACCACACCCACGUCGGUCACAAGGGUCUCUAUGACUUCACCCCAGGGGUCCCAAGUGACCACGUGCUCCCACCAGCCACUCCUACCUCCAGCUGCCGUGGGUGUUGGUCCUGAGGACUCGCAGGACUCCGGCUCAAGGGUCCGGACCCUGAAUCAGAGGGUCAAGGGCCCGCCUGUCAAACCCGGCUCUGAGCCUCCUCCCGCACCCGCGCCCCGGCCACCUCCGCCCUCCCGGAACCCCGGCUGUACACUUGUGUACGGGUUUGUGUUCGGUCACGUGGCUGAGGGCCAUCCUGACCACCUCCCGUCCCAGCAGCUGAGUGUGCGACCUCGGAAGUCCCAGUGCUUCCGGCCUGGACCGCAGGGGAGGGAUCCCCGCCACACAGCUAGGACAGAAGCCCGGAGGAGGCCAAGGACCUGCACGGGCUGGGGCUUCCCUGCAGGUGCUGGACACGGGAGAGCAGCUGAUGGUCCCCGUGGAGGUCCUGGAGGCGCAGAACAACGGGCCCCUGUGGAAGUUUCUGCUGUCGGGCGCCGUGGCCGGGGCGGUGUCCCGCACGGGCACGGCGCCUCUGGACCGCGCCGAGGUGUACAUGCAGGUCUACUCCUCCAAAAACAACCUCAUGAACCUGCUAGGAGGGCUCAGGAGGAUGGUGCAGGAGGGCGGCGUCCGCUCCCUGUGGCGGGGCAACGGCAUCCACGUGCUCAAGAUUGCCCCCGGAGUCCGCCAUCAAGUUCUCCGUCUUCGAGCAGGUGGGGCAGUCUGCGGCGCCCCGAGCCCUCCGCUCAGGGUCAGCUUCUGCCUCACCGCCCUCUCCCCUCCAGUGCAAGGGCUACUUCUGUGGAGAACACGGGUCCCCGCCCUUCCGGGAGCGGCUGCUGGCGGGCUUCCUGGCCGUGGCCAUCUCGCAGACGCUCAUCAGCCCCAUGGAGCCCCAGGCAGUCAUUUCAACGCUGCGCUGUGUCCUGCACCAGCCACCCGCCUCACCACAAGGUCCAAGAUGCACCUUUGGAAUUUACCGAGUUCCUGCAUAUGUUCCGCUUCCUGAGUUAG